CUGAGGGCCGGCCCGGGGCUGUCGGAGCCUCUCGGUGCGGGCCGGGUUCUCUUGGAGCCCCUGAGGGCCGGCCCGGGGCUGUCGGAGCCUCUCGGUGCGGGCCGGGUUCGCUCGGAGCCCCUGAGGGCCGGCCCGGGGCUGUCGGAGCCUCUCGGUUCCUGUUCGUUGAGGACGACACGGGAGAGGAGAGGCGGAGUCGGGAGAGGAGACGGGAAAGCCAAGUGGUGAUUUUUGGUGAAGUCUCGUGUCACUAUGAAGGCCCUGUAUGCUCAGCAGAAUUCUCCUGGAGAGGAAAUGACAUUUGUGUUCCAGGAAAGGGAGAACCUUCCUCCCAGCAGAGCCCACGAUGUGAAGGUGCAGGUCAGAGCCUGUGCUCUGAGCUGUGUGGACACAAAGCUCCUGGCAGAAAUCAAACUGAAGAAGGAACUUGUGCCUGUUGGGAGAGAAAUUUCAGGAGUUGUGCUGGAAGUUGGAAGCAAGGUGACCUUUUUCCAGCCAGAUGAUGAAGUGGUGGGAAUUCUGCCCCUGGAUUCUGAGGAGUCUGGUGUCUGUGAAGUUAUCCUGGUUCAUGAGCAUUAUUUGGCUCACAAGCCACAGAAGGUGUGCUGGGCAGAGGCUGCUGGGACGCUCCGGGACGGGCUCCGCGCCUACACCGCCCUGCACUACCUGGCCCCGGUGUCCCCUGGCUCCAGUGUCCUCGUCCUGGAUGGAGCAAGUCCAUUUGGUACCAUUGCAAUUCAGUUGGCCCAGCACAGAGGGGCCAAAGUCAUCUCCACUGCCCACAGCCUGGAGGACAAGCAGUACCUGGAGAGGCUCAGGCCUGCUGGGGGAGUCCGCCAGCCUUUGGUGGCCCGGGUGAUCGACGUGUCCCACGGGAAGAUUGACGUGGCCGAGAGCUGCCUGGAGGAGACGGGCGGGCUGGGCGUGGACAUCGUGCUGGAUGCCGGAGUGAGGCUGUACAGUGCUGAGGAUGAAGCAGGUUCCAGAUGCCAGCUGCUGCCUCACAAGCACGACAUCAUCACCCUGCUUGGGGUUGGGGGACGCUGGAUAACGACGGAAAGGAACCUGCAGCUGGAUCCUCCAGACAGCCAUUCCUUGUUCCUUAAGGGAGCCACAGUGUCCUUCCUGAACGAGGAGGUCUGGAACUUGUCCAAUGUGCAGCAGGGCAAGUAUCUUGCCAUCCUGGAAGAUAUCAUGGAUAAAUUAUCAAACGGCGUUUUCAGGCCUCAGCUGGAUGAACCCAUCCCAUUGUAUGAAGCCAAAGUUUCUAUGGAAAUAGUUCAGAAGAAUCAAGCUAGAAAGAGACAAGUCAUCCAGUUCUGAUGAGACACAACUUCUGAUUUCUCAGCCUGGGGAAGAUAAAGAAAUGUAUUUGUGGAAUAAAUCAGUGCACACUUGCAGGCAGUGAACAGAAUUUAAACAUUCUUUGUACCUCAGCUCAAAUGGUCUCUGAAGCUUCCAUGACUUCAGGGUUUUUAAAUUCCCUUGAGCAGAAUGUUCCCAUCAGCAGUUUCUAAAGAAGCAGCCUUAACAUAAAAACUUGUCUGCCCUGCUGCACUUAAAAAUGUCAAAAACAUCUGCAGGCAAACUCAGUUGCUGUUGGUUUUCAACCCUAAGAAAUUAAAGAGGGAAAAAAAGAUGUUUUUAUUAGUCUUUUUGUCUCCAACCCCUACCAGUAGUUACCUUUAUAGUUACCUUUUGCUUUUGACUGCGCUGAGACUGAAUGCUACACUUAAAGAUCUUAAUCCACAUUUAAAAUUGUUAUUCAGUUGAAGGACAGGCAAAACUAUCGAGGUUGGCAAGGGUGGCAGAUGGGAAGGACGUGGUACUGACAGCAGGAGUUUCCCCCAGCUCUUUCCCUUCCUCUCAGCACUGAGGCAGCAAACCUGGGUCAAUCCAGAGUCCCCAAGCUAGUGGAAUUGUGCGAGUCAGGUGUUUGAGGCAUUUUGUGUAGCUUGUUACCUUUGGUAUCUCCCUGUGCUGUGCACGUUCAUUUCCCCUCUUUUAACCUCAGCACAGCCCAGAGCUGUCUCUCCAGCAUUAUCCAUGAUUGUGGCCUGUCUGAAAGUCAGCAGUGGGGAAGGAACUGCAUUUUGCUUUCCUCAAAGUAUGUGCCUCCCGACAUGCUGUGAUUCGAGAGCAAAAAUACUUUUUCAGCCACGUUGCUCAUUUUCGCUGUGGAUCACUCAAACCAUGGACAUGGCCACUUCAAAGCUGUGCCAAGAGGGGAAAAUUGGAGAGAAAACAGAUGAUCCAGAAGCACACCUGAUCUGUCUCCUCUCACUCCCCGCACUUGGAGGAGGUUCUGGAUCACUGGUGCAGGGCAAGCCUAGGAAAUCAGGGGGAACUCUGAUUUUCCUCCUUGUGUGCUGCCAUGCAGCCUGGGAAAGGAGAGGGGCUUUUGUGCCCGGCUGAGGCGUGGGAGUCCUCCGGGAGCUCCACACCCAUUCUGCAGCCUUGGAGCCAGCUGCUGGGUUUUCCCUGGUGCUGCUCAGUUUUGCUUCAAUGUUUCCAAAAUAAAGCAGAUGAAGAAAGAUACUAACAAGUUUAAAAAACCAAUCACAAACAGUGACAAAACUGCGGACGAGAGAUCUUUUAAUAGUAUCGUUUUUCUUUUAUUAAAUCUUUUGUCAGUAAAA